AUCGAAUCAGAAGUAGGUGACAAAAAUUAUUUAUACCAGGACAGCACUGUUUUUUGUGCUCUUUUCUCACUUGAUAUUUUCUUUUUCGCCUUCACUAUCAACUUAGCCGUAUACAGCUUGUUUUGUUUUUGUCUAUCCAAGGCACUGUCAACUAUUGUUCACCUCUCAAACAAAACAGUACACAUAACAUCAGGGCGUUGAGUUUCCUUUUUAGUUCAUAUAAAAGCGACAAAGAAGAAUCGAACAGCCUAGACGAAUCAGAAAGACAAUAAGGGGUGGUCAAGGACAAAAAUUUUCCUGUUUAUUAAAACAUACACACAUGCAACACAAGCACGACCAGUUUAAUACACUGGCGAGUUCGGAUAAUGUGAAUGAACAACUACAGCAGCGACAGUCGGGCUUUGUUCCAAUACCAGACCAAGAUCACCACCAUCGCCAUCAUCACCACCAUGAAUCACUAAAGCUCCAACAGGAGCAACAACAAGAACAACAACCAAUGAAUGAGCUACCAGAUCAGCAGCAGGGACAGCAGCAAACAGAACAGAGAGAGCUCGACACAUUGUUAGGUCAACAACAAGAACAGCAAAAACCACUAGACAGACAAGAGCUAGACCUCAGGAACACCGUAGAAGCACUCAAGCAACUACUAACAGCCCCACCAUUCUCAACGCACAACUUGAAAGUCGACGAAUCAUCAGAUACACAUGUAAAACGAGCCAAACGUAAGUCAAAGUUUACCAAAGAGCAGGACGAAAUGAUCAUUGAUCUUAAAAGACGAGGUAAAUCAUGGGUUGACAUUGCUGCUAUAACUGGAGUUGGAAGUUUCCUUACAGCCAGAAACAGGUACCAAGUGCUGAUGGGACAACAAGGGGUCGCCUCUGUAUUCUGGAGUGCAGAGGAUACAAAAUCAUUGCAGAACAUUGUCGAUCAAGGUGAGUUGGAGAAAUGGAGGUUCAUUUCGAAAGAGCUCUAUAAGCUGACUGGAAAAUUUUUCACUGAUGUCCAAUGUCGUCAGAUAAUCAAGGAAUUGUUCCUUGAGAAUCCAAGUGAGUUUGGUGUUGAUGAAGACACUGUACUGGAUAUAAUUGCUGAUCUAAACCGUGCAAAUGCAAGGGGACAACAGCAAACCGAGAAAAAGUCCUAAUAUGAAGAUAUGAAUGAAGGUUUACUUCGGAACCUUGUAAGUGGAGGUAUGGGUUGUAGGCAAAUGUAGAAGAAAUGAGUGCUAAAGGGGACCAAAAAGGUAUUGGUGUUGUAGAGUGGGGUAGGUUGUGAUGAAAUAAAUCCAAUGUUCAAGAGCACAGUAUAGCGUUAUGGUGCCAGUGUCAAAAACACUAUACUUAAGUAUGAGUUGUGUUUCUGAAUAUACAAGCAUAUGUCUAACACAAAUUCUUUUAUAGUGCAGUGGGUGAGCUGAUUGAG